AUGGGGCAUCCCAUGAGCCAUGGCGGUGCAUGGGAUGCCAUGUGCCGAUUCUUUCCAUGGGAACGAUUCCCCGUGAUUUUUGGAACAACUUCUCAUGGUGUCUUGCGACUCAUGGGGAAAGGUACCAUGGAGUGUGAGUCAUGGGAAGCACUUCCUUGCCUUGGCAGAGUCCCUUGUGAGCACAAAAUGAUGAGAUCAGUGCCUGAUCUGGAUAUAGUCAUUCCACAGGUGCCUCCACUGCAGCGGCCCGCCAACCCCUUCGCCUACAACGUGUCCUCCGAGCUGGAGCCGCAGCCCGCCGCUGCCACCACGGCCUCCAUCGUGGCCAUCGGCUUCGUGCAGCGGCCCGGCGCGGGCGCGGGGCCCUCGGCGCAGCUGCCGCCGCCCGGCCUCAAGAAGCACAUGCACUCGGCGCAGGGCCACUUCGGGCCCUACUUCGAGGACGGCGCCGGGCCCCACAACGCCACGGCCCGCGUCGGCAGCGCCGUCACGCUCAACUGCAGGGUCGGCAUGCUGCAGGACAAGACGGUGACGUGGGUGCACCGGCGCGGCGAUCAGAUGCACCUGCUUACCGUGGGCGGCGCCACGUACUCGUCGGACCAGCGGCUCGCCCUGCGCUUCCGCUACCCCAACGACUGGCGUCUCGAGAUCUCGCCGGUGACGCUGCGCGACCAGGGCCGCUACGAGUGCCAGGUCACCACGCACCCCCUGCUGGCCAGGAUCGUCAACCUCAGGGUCACGGCGCCGGACGUGCAGAUCGUGGACGAGAACAUGCACCCCGUGUCGGAGCGCUACUACAAGGCGGGCUCCGCGGUGGAGCUCACCUGCCUGGCGGGGCAGUUGGAGGGCCCCGGAGACACGGUGCACUGGAGUCGGGGCCGGCAGCCCCUCAGCGCGGGCGUCAGCACCAACGCCAGCACCCUAAACGGCAGGGUGGUGUCCACGCUGACGCUCCGCCACGCCCAGAAGAAGGACUCGGGGAACUACAGCUGCUCGGUUGGCAGCCUGGCCGGCACCAGCGUGGCCGUGCACGUGCUCAACGGGGAGCUGCCCGCCGCGGUGCACGACGGCAACUCCGGCGUCACGUCGAACCGCGUGGCGACCUGGCUGCUCGCCCUGGUGCAGUGCAGCCAACUGCUGGCCAGCGGCCGGUGACAGUUGGCCUCCCUGCUCACGGCCUAAGGUGGGUCUGCCGAUCCGCAGGGGAGGCCGGCGGUCCGAGCACGACGCGGUGACGCCGCUCACGGACAUCAGAAGGCAACGCGCAACGCGGUGGAACGAAGCGACCUGAUUGGCUGCGACGCGCCGUCAAGAGGACAUGCCUCGUGGAGAGGAAGGCCGGGCCGGCCGGGUGGCGAUACCCCGUGCGGGGGGUGACCGCGCCGCCGCGGGGUAUCGCCGUCGUCGCUGCCUCCCUUCCACCACACCGUGAUGGAGAACUGGCCGCCAGCUCGCCGGGGCGGCAGUGUUGUGUUGCCGUUUAUUUUUGAUCGGCAGGACGGCCCAGGACGCCUCAAGGACGCCUCAAGGACGCAGGACGUCCUCGUGAGAAAUGCAGGCGAGAAGGAAAAAGAGUCUCGCGUUGAGCUGCCCGUUCACACUUCGCUGUUUUAUAAAUCCGCUGUCCCUCCCUCCCUCCCUCUCUGACUACCCGAGCCGGGCCAUCCUCGCCGUCUCAAAGGGACUAAAGUCGCGUAAAUCAAUGUUUCAAGUCGAACAUAAAAGUUUGAUAAUCAGCUUUUAGUUCUGGCCAAAGCGGGGACCCGCCCACGCCAGAAGCCCCCCCUCCCCCCUUUUCCCCGGCGUUCUGGUCGGCUGGCUGACCGCGCCGUGAGCGAGAGCGACUGCUCCGAUUCUCUUGUAGAAAAUUGCGGACUCCAGUGCAAAUAAACUUGAUGGGACUUGCUGGAGAGGUUUGGUUCCGGAGACUCUUCCCUGAGGAAAGUGAGCCUGGCACACUGUGGGGCCACUCUGUGUCGAAAGUCCUCUUUUCCAAACCUCGAGAUCCUGUUAGAACUUGAUUGUCGUUGAAUAACGCUGAAUUGUUAGUCAUACCACUCUCCCGCUUGUACCUGUCCCCAUGUGCGAAGCGACCCCGACCCCGACCUCGUAUGUAAAAAAAAAAUAAAGCAAAUACCUUAUGUCGUGUUGAUAUUAAUUCUAAGUUUAAGUGAGAGACACUGAAGGAAGGAUAGUUGGUGAAGUUGUUGGAAGGCUGUGUGAUCAUUGCACGAGAUUAAGUGGAGCGUUCGUAGCGUACUUCAUCUCUCCACGUAUAUUAUACUGCAUACCUGUAGCUGUAAUUUUAGAUAAAUAAAAGAUUUUCAGAUUGUGUAUUUGUACAUUGGUUCCGGGAACUUUGUAAGUUAGAGGAAAUUGUGUCUUCAAGGAAUAAUAUUUUUGACUAACUGUUGGUUUUAGAAGAGUGUUAUGCCGGUGAAGUCGGUGGACUGGCGUAGUGUGUGAAGUAGGACAAAAAGUUGUGAAUAUUAUAUUAUAUACAUAUAAACAUAUUAAUCACGCAAAUCCAUAUCAAAAUCUCGUUCCCUCGUUCUGUAUUCUGAACAAUCAUCUUACGAUGAUGUUUUCUUUUCAAAAUAUGUUUGUGUUUGUCUUUUUAAUUUCGUUCUGUUUUUUUCUUCGCCGUACCAUCCCAAUUGUCUGCUAGGGGAGUAGCCGGUGCGUUGGGCUGCGGCGUGCAUCAGGAACUCUACGAUGUAAUAAAAAUGAU